CCGUUAAGAAUGUUUCGUAAUAGGUAUGUACUCAGUUUUCUUGGGAUCACUAUUGAAUGUCUUGCUGAUGCACAUGACCCGCUAUACAGAAAGAACUCCCAGAAACCAGGCGACGAACUCAUCGAGAGGUUCCAAAAGACUUUCUCUGAUGUUGUUCCUCCAGUUCCCAAUCGCCAUACAGCGCCUUUUGGUCAAAUCCCUGCUGGCCCAAUCACUCCGGCUAAGUAUUUUAGACCCCUUUCCCCUGGCCAUCUUACCAUCUGGCCAUCACGAAAAUUGUUGCUGUCCUGAGUGGAAACUGACUGUGUUCAUCGGCUUAGACUCAGUAUGGAGAGCGGUGACUUGAAACUUAAUGAUGCCACGCCUCGUCCGGGCCAGGAUAUGAGAUUCGCGCCGUCUUAUGUUGACCCUAACUCACUUUCCUUCAUAAAUCCCUUAAGUCAACCACAAGGCUACUACACGCCGAACUCAGGCGGGCUCGGUGCGGUGUUCCACAGCCAAGCGGGCGACCUUCAUACCCCUAUGGGGAUGAACAUGAUCACCCCUCUUACCCUGCCGCAGCAGCUUGCUAGCGCCACCAUCAAUGCUGAUACCACAGCGAUGGGCCUCGACCAAUACCAUCAGCCGUACAUUGCGCCACAUUUCCAGAAUCCGCAACCGUUUGCUCAGCAAGCUCCAUUUGCGCCUGCAUUUGUUCACCGUGAUUCAGGUUACGAUGCCAUGGACGAAUCUGUGGAUGAACUGUCACUAAAUGAUGUGGAUAUGCAGGGACACGCCCAUUCACACAUGAUUCCAUCCAUGCUGCAACGUGAUCAAGUCGAUGUUCAAUCUCCCGGUGAAAAAUUCCGCUACCACGUCACAUUGCGGGCGCCUACAGCAAUGGUUAGAGACCAAAAUGAGGUUCCAGUAUCCUACCUCAACAAGGGUCAAGCAUACUCCGUUUCCGUCAUUGACUCUGCUCCGCCGCCCCCGAUGAAUGGUCAGCCAGUAAAGUACCGGACUUAUAUUCGUGUCUCGUUUCAAGAUAAGGAACAAAGAUCGAAACCCGCCGCUUGUUGGCAGUUAUGGAAAGAAGGCAGAGGGCUGAACGAGGCGCACCAGCGUGGUGGCAGGCUCCAGGCUGUUGAAUACGUUGACCCCAUCCAGGGAGGCAUUGAUGACCAAAAAAACCGACAGGUCCAGCUUGAGAGCUCUUCCUUUGACGGAUUUUGUGUGACCUGGACGGCCAGCCCAACAACCGGAGCAUCAGAGUGUGCUAUAUCUGUUCGGUUCAAUUUUCUUUCAACUGAUUUCAGCCACUCUAAAGGUGUGAAGGGUAUUCCAGUCCGACUUUGCGCCAAAACAGAGAUGGUUUCUCCAGAUACUGCAGAUCUAGCGCAAGGGAAAGAGGCAGAAGUUUGCUACUGCAAAGUGAAACUGUUUCGUGAUCAUGGUGCGGAGCGAAAACUAUCCAAUGACGUUGCCCACGUUAAGAAGUCCAUCGAGAAACUCAGGCAGCAGAUCGCUCAGGCUGAGAUGGGAGCUGGCAACUAUGGAAAACGGAAGCGUAGCGGCGGCUCGAUUGCACUUAAAGGUUCUGACGCUCGCCCUGCGAAGAUUACAAAACACAAGCGGACAUGGUCGAUGGGCUCUCAAGAUGGUGACAGACUGUCUAUGGAAGAUGAUCUACAUAUAAAACUUGCUUUAAUGCAAGAAAUGUUCACAUCUACCCGACCAAUGAGCAUUCUUGGCUUGCAAGGUGAUGAGCAGGACGACCCCGACCUUUACCCGGUUCAACUCCCCGAGCCUCGUGAUUUUGUCAAGAAGGAGGUCAAGAGUGGCCCUCGGUUUAGUAUUGACGGAUCAGCUGGUUUCCCGACCUUGUCUCCGACAAACAGUUGCAUUUCGUUGAGCUCAACCUGCCAUACCCCGACCGUUCAAUCGCAGACGGGCUUAUAUUAUGAUUCCGGCUACCAAUGCUCAGUGAAUACAUCGGCCGAAAACUCGCGUCCAGGGUCCGAAGUUUGCGGAGACAAAGUUGUUCUGAAGCAUCCGAUAAAGAUUCAGAGGGUGGCGAAUGGAGACGGGGAUAUGCCCAUGGGAUUCAUUGAGGCGGUGGAUAUCGACCCAACGUAUAGACCACCAGCCGAACGCCAGCCCAAGCCCAUUGCAUGUUUUUAUAUUCGAUUCCCACGCAAUGAUCAAGCCAAAGAUGAUUAUUACCGAGCUGUUUAUCUGACAGAACGGACCGUGCGCGAUUUGAUGGAGAAGAUCUCUGUUAAACAACGCAUAGAUCCACAGCGUAUAGUGCGCGUGCUUCGAGUCGAUAAAAAUGGCCUGAAGAUCAUGGUUGAUGACGAUGUGGUUCGCGAGUUGCCUGAUGGCCAAGAUAUGGUGGUCGAGAUCGAGACUGCUACUUUAGACAGUGCAGCAGCCAUCGAAUCCGACAAUAUGAACUCUGGUGUUGAGCUCAAGCUAAGCUACUAACUACGUUGGUAGCCAAAAAAAAAAGUCUUCCUAGAAGCCCUAUUCUAAAGGACUUUUUCAAUCUCUCUCUUUUUCUUUACCUUCUUUAAUUUACGUUGGCAAUGAUAAUUACUAAAGCAAAAGCGGUCCUUUUCGGUCCGUCCUGUUUUUUCUUAUCGGCGCCUGGUGCGCAUUCAAUCAACGCGAUCCCUCACCAUCAUUUUAGGUUUUUAAUACCUUCAUUUUUUUGUUCUCUAUUUUCUCUUCAUCUCAUUUGGAGUUUCGGUUGUGUUUCAUGUUGGGGGCGUUGGAUACGGGGAUAAUACACGAAUCUCCGAGCAAUGAUACCCUGUCGUUAUAUGAGUUUUCGAUCAUUCCACGAUUCUCAAUUCCUUGUGCCAUAUUUACAAUAUCCUAAAUCCUACCUGCACACGAAUUAUCUUUUUU